GAAAAAGACCCAUCGCCUGCUCCGUCUUUUUCUGCCUCAUGAUUAUUUUGCGCUGUUCUGCCAUCGAGUGAUGAAGAAGCCGAUGUGUGCAGAUGUCUCCAGUGUAUAGACACCCUGCAAGACCAGUUGUAUUCAUGGUCACCGUCCCCGCACUUCGAUGAAGACAGACACUCCCCUCCACCCAGGAACAUGAAGGGCUUAUCCGGCGGCCGCACCCAGCACCACCUCCCGGCAGGGCACACCUGCAGCCUGGCCGAGUGCGAGCAUUCCCACGACCACCACAUCCACCAUGACGCCCGGCACUCCUACUUGCUCAGCCCGACGGACAGCUGUCCCAUGGACUACCACCACCGCUACUCGCCUCGAAGCUCCAUCCACUCCGACUGCAUGAUGAUGCCUGUCGGCAUGCCCGGGGGGGGCGGGGGAGGGGGCGGGGGCGGAGCCGACCACGUGUCCAGCAGCACCUUUCCCAGGAUGCACUACAGCUCCCAGUACUACGACACGGCCACGCGGGACGACUGCGCCGCCGCCGCUUCCGUCUCCGUGGCGGCCGUCACCUCCUCCUCCUCCUCGCACCACGUGAGCAGCGGCUCCAAGAGCAACCGCAUUCCCGCCAACCUGCUGGAGCAGUUCGAGAAGCAGCUGCCCCUGCACCGCGAUGGCUUCCACACCUUGCAGUACCAGCGGGCGUCAGCCACGGCCGCCGCCGCCGCCGAACAGCGCAGCGAGAGCCCCGGACGCAUCCGCCACCUGGUCCACUCGGUCCAGAAGCUCUUCACCAAGUCCCAUUCGUUGGAGGGCUCGUCCAAGAUGAACGGCACCAAGGGGGAGAGCGGGGGAGGAGGGGGGCACCACCACCACGGCCACGGGCACCACUCCAAGCACGGCAGCAAGAGGAGCAAGAGCAAGGAGCGCAAGCACCGGUCGGGCGUGGGCGGCUGGUGGAGUUCCGACGACAACCUGGACAGCGACAGCACCUACCGCACCCCCAGCGUCAUGAGUCGCCACCACCCGGACCACGCCGGCCACUGCUACCCCGAGUCCAUGCAGGGCCACCACUUCGGCGACCUCACCCUCAAGACCUCCAAGAGCAACAACGACGUCAAGUGUUCGGCCUGCGAGGGCCUGGCCAUGGCCCCCGAGGGCAAGUUCAUGAAGAGGAGCUCCUGGUCCACGCUCACUGUCAGCCAGGCCAAGGAGGCCUACCGCAAGUCCUCCCUCAACCUGGAGAAACCCAUGAUGCACCAGGACCUGAAGCCAUCCCUGAGGCCUUGUCACUACCUGCAGGUGCCUCAAGACGAGUGGGGGGGAUACCCGGGGAUCGACCGGGACGAGGAAAUCCCCUGCAGGAGGAUGCGCAGCAGCAGCUAUGUCAAAGCCAUGGGGGACGACGAGAGCGGGGAGUCGGACAGCAGCCCUAAAACAUCGCCCCAGAAAACCGUGCGGCCAGACGCCCUCGCCCUAAAGUCCGUCAUGCAGAGACCCCAUAUAGACCCCCAAAGUCAGAGCUACCACUUGCAAACUGCGAGAGACAUGCGCACCCAUUCCGUAACCUUGGACCCGGCGACCAACUAUAACCCCCCGCAGUUCCGCUCCCGGAAUCAGAGCUACAUGAGAGCGGUCAGCACUCUCAGUCAGGCAAGCUGCAUCAGCCAGGUGAGUGAGACUGAGAUCAAUGGGCAGUUUGAAUCAGUUUGCGAGUCCGUUUUUAGCGAAGUAGAAUCCCAGGCUAUGGAUGCCUUGGACCUCCCGGGCUGCUUCCGCACUCGAAGCCACAGUUACCUGCGGGCUAUACAGGCUGGGUAUUCCCAAGACGAUGACUGCAUACCUUCAAUGACAUCCUCCACUGUCACUUCAACUCUCAGAUCCACAACAGCUGUGACAUACACGCCUAGUUACAAGAAGACUCCUCCCCCCGUUCCGCCCCGCACAGCCUCCAAGCCCCUGAUAUCGGUGACGGCCCAGAGCAGCACAGAGUCCACGCAGGACGCCUACCACGACGGGCGGCACCCCCGAGGCGGUCUCCUGUGGGCGCAGGACGGGCUGGGCCGGGCCCUCUACAACUCCACCGACAGUCUGGACAGCGCCCAGGCGGCGACCAUCGCCAUGGAGACGGCUGCGGGCCGGCGGCACGCCUCCACCGGCAGCCACAGCUCGGUGCAGACGUGCGACAAGGCGGUGCUGGUGUCCAAGGCCGAGGAGUACCUGAAGACCCCGCGCUCGUCCAUCGGGAUACAGGUAACCUGUAACCGCCCCCCCCCCCCCCCCCCCUCCCCCUACACACACACACACGUGGAAACGGCGACUGACUCGGAGCCUGAGAGUAAAGGACUGAGAGAGUAUCACUCUGUGGGGAUACAGGUGGAGGAUGAGAAGCGGCACGGCAGGUUCAAGCGCUCCAACAGCGUGACCACGGCGGUGCAGGCCGACAUGGAGCUGGAGGGCUUCCCCGCCAUGGAGGACAAGGGCCUGCAGUUCGGCGGAUCCUUCCAGCGCCACUCGGAGCCCAGCACGCCCACGCAGUACGGCGCCGUGCGCACGGUGCGCACGCAGGGCCUCUUCAGCUACCGCGAGGACUACCGCGUGUCCAGCGGGCCCCCCAGCCCGCAGCCCGAGCCCUGGCUGGUGGAGCCCGCCCACGAGGCGGCCGAAACGGGCCGCGUGUCGCCCCUGCGUCGGGACGGCAGCUGGUUCAUGCAGCUGCUCCACAACGAGACCAAGAGGAUGGAGGGCUGGUGCAAAGAGAUGGAGAGAGAGGCCGAGGAGCACGACCUGUCGGAGGAGAUCCUAGGAAAGAUCCGGAGUGCAGUGGGCAGUGCUCAACUCCUCAUGUCACAGAAAUUCCAGCAGUUCUACUGGCUGUGUCAGCAGAACCUGGACCCCAGUGCGAUGCCCAGGCCCACCUCUCAGGAUCUGGCUGGAUUCUGGGACCUGCUGCAGCUGUCCAUCGACGACGUGACCGCCAAGUUUGACGAGCUACAGCAGAUCAAGAGCAAUGACUGGAGGCCUGUGGAGAGCCCAGAGAAGAAGAAGGAGAGGAAAUGGCCGCCUCCUGUACCAAAGAGGCCCCCUCGAGGCAGGGGUGGGGUGAUGCGCGAGCGAUCUCUUGACCUCCAGGACCGGCAGCGGCAGGAGGCGCGACGGAGGCUAAUGGCGGCCAAGCGGGCGGCCUCCUUCCGACAGAACUCAGCGACGGAGAGGGCGGACAGCAUCGAGAUAUACAUCCCCGAGGCGCAGACCCGCCUUUGA